AUGAAUGUAGAUGUGACGAACAAGGGUUAUCGUGGGAAUCAAGGCUGUAAGAGAAAGCAACUUGGUGUUGUGAAUAACCUAUUUGAUGUUGUAGAACCUACUCGUCUACUAUGGCUGACAUUCAACCAAUUUAAGCAAGCCAACUGCGUGUUAUUCUUUGCUACUCACUGGAGUUCAUAUCAACUUGUCAAGAAGCAAAUGAAGGAACAACCGUCAGUGUUACUAUCGUUGGCCCGUAUAAAGAUCUUGGUUGUUCCUGUUCAUCCCAUUAGGCAGGAUACCUUCAACACUUAUCUGCAUCUUCUCUCCCAGUUUGGUAGUGUGUCGUUGAAAGACCUCACUCCUCCAGACGCAAAAACGGCCAAGUUUACCAACCAAUUCUACCAUGAUGGGUGCAUUCAUUUCAACUUUGCUACUUCCCAUAAUAAGGAACAUUCUCCUUUGGAAGAGAUUCAACUAAGUCGGCAAGUUCUUGGGGUUAUUGGAAUCAUGAAUUGUCAGCAAACUCCAAACCUUUUGGACGGAUACAAAAGAUUUCAACAUAUUGUACAGCGGUAUACAACAACACUGGCUUAUCGAUGCUUUGGAUUUGAACCACUUGAUACACAGGCUGAUAAUAUUAAAGGUCUGGUUAUGAUUCCAAAUGUCGGAAAUAUAUCGUUUUAUCUUCAAACAAUGAUUGCCGAUUUUACUGCUGAUCUUCUUCUUGCUUUUGGUUCUCUGGCUGGCCAAAUUGAGCGUCGAUCUUUGAUUAAUGGUCCAGUCAUGAUUUCGCCACUUUUUCAAUAUAAUACAAGCAACUCUUCUACUGCUGGAUCUCAAUAUUCGGGAUCAUUGGGACCAGCUGGAAGUCCUGUGGUUGGAAACACGAUAUUGGCUGCAACUGCAGCAUCUGUUACCAUCCAUGCACCGCCAUCGGCACACACAAUACAUGCUAAUACACCCAUUGAUCGAAUGAGAGAAAUGGGGACUGGGAUUUUACUAACUCAAGACACUCCUGUUUCCGCAACAUUUCAUACCACUUCGCCAAUUAGUAAUAAUUUGGGCUCUGCUUCAUCGAUACCCACCGGAACUGGAUCCCCUCAUCCACUCCAUUCUGCUUCACUCCAUACUCAACCAUCUCUAUCCUCAAUGGGAUCAUCAGCCAUGAACCUUGGGUUUGGUCUCAGUACCCUAUUGAAUCCAGACAAAUCGCGUAAACGAACCCCUGCACGGAUUCAAAAGCUUCUUGGUGAUUUGUAUUUGAUUGCAGGUCGUUUGGAUAUGGCAAUUGCCAGUUUUUUUGCUGCAAUCGAGUCUACAAAAAAUAGUGGAGAUUUGCAAUGGCAAGCUGCAGCAAUGGAAUCUUUAUGCUGUGCGCAACUUUUGAGUCUUUCGGACAAAAUCGGACUAUGUAAUAGUACACGUAAUACCAUUGUUUCUUAUCAGGACAGUAAAGUAGAUACAGACUCUAUGGUGUCAGGUGGUGUUGCAUCGACUGCCACUACUCCAAACAUGGACACCUCUUUGAAUGCUGCACAGAAUUGUUCUGCAAGUGUUCUUACAAGCUGUCUUCCAACAACAAUUGACUUGAUUUCUGCAUCAAAAAUAUCCAAGCAACUUUCUGCGUUUCUGAGUGAUCUUCCAGAACGGUUUCGUGAAAUGGUUUAUUUGUAUGAUCGAUCGAUUGCGUUUGGUGCACCUGGCUUUUAUCCUAUCAUGCAGGUUUUGGCAAGUAUUAAAAUGGCUACAUUUCUUGCGUAUGUAUGUAUGGACAAAUACAUGAUAUCGUUUGGUGUCAAUGGUGCACAUAUUGCCUAUUGGAGCUCUGAAACACGUGGAAUUGGUGCAGAGAUUGCUGCACGGAUUGGAUCAUCUGGUUCGGGUGGCAGUAGCGGCCCUGGUGUCAUACAUGGGAAUUCUAGUAGCAUUGCAGGUACUUCAAAUAUAGCUACAAAUAUGGGAGGGAUAAUUGCAAAUGCUGUGCCUGGCGGAGUUUUAGGAAACAUGAUUCCUAGUCUUGCAUCUACACCUACUACAGGUGGUUCACAAACUGUUUCUGCAAUCAAUACGGUAUCUAGUCUUGCUGGUCAACCUACAGGAUUGAUGCCCAUGCUGAAUCCAGAUCGCAUCUUGCUUCAAAAUGGGCUUGGCGCUUCUAAAGCAGACGUUAUAUCAUGGACCAUGCGUGCAUGGCAUUCUGGAAUGGAAUAUUUGACUGUUGGUGAUCAAAUUUCAAGCGUUGCAUCCCUAUCGGCCAUAUGUAGUAUUAUCGAGAGUCAUAGAAAGCAUGCGUUUUUUUUACAUCAUAUGGCACUACUGAGCAAUGCUAUAAUGACUGGAAAGUUUGCUAGUGGAAGAUACGAUGGUUCAUAUGUUCCUACUAAAGAAACACUUUUUUCCUCUGCUUCAACUCGCGAGCUUGCAUGCCCUCCAUUAAAUUGUCUUGAGCGAGUUUUUGAUCUUCUUUCCAUGCAAGACAAUGACUUUCAUGAUGGUGCCAACAAACAAAAAUCGCUUUUUUCUAGUAUUCAGUCAACGUAUGUAUAUGAUGUGUGGCUGGAAGAAUACGAAAACCAAGAGGAUCUUGAUCAAGCUUCGAGUUUGUUCAGGUCGCCUAUUUCUCGUGGCAUUACGAUUCCAAGCAUCCAAAACGGCUGGCCAUCUUUGCAGAUUGGUGUAUUGAAACAAUGUAUAUAUAUUGCCCAGUCUAGAGAGGAUGAUGUACGAGUCGUGCGAUAUAUUUGCAAACUCUUGCGUAUGCUGUAUAGACAUAUUAGUAAACGCGAUCAAGCCUAUUUUUCAGAAGUGUUGCAGCAAGUUGCUCUUCAUCAUCGAAAUUCACAAACGUUGACUUGUAGUCAAGGCGAGGAAGGAGCAGAUGGGCCGUGUAAAGACAGUCAGUAUAGUCUCCAGCCUCUUGUCCGUGGAAUCCAAGAAUGUAUUUUGGGUGUUCCUGUACUUCGUCGAUUGGUACCCAUUAAGCCACUGGCUCGUCAAGUUCCAAAUGUAAGACUGAGAAAAGAUAUGUUUCCUGACGAUCAAGAUGCUGCCUCAUCUACUACCACAGCACCCAAAAACGUAUUUAUUUACAAUCCAUACGCCGAAAAGGCAUCUGGAUUGAAUGACUCUGGGAUGAACCAAGGUGCCAAUCUUAUACUGGUAGCAAUGGAGACGGUUCAAGUGGAUGUAACAUUGGCCAAUCCGUUUUUAUUCGAUAUUGAUGUGCAGCAGAUUGCUUUGUUUACCUCGGGUGUACCGUUUGAUCCUGUAAUGAUUUCUACUCGAAUUGCAGCAGAUACCCGCACACAUACCAUUCGACUUAGCGGUACUCCAUUACAAGACGGUAUUUUGUAUAUUCAUGGAAUUAAAGCAAAAAUAUUUGGCGGAUGUAUUGAGGAAGUUGUGUAUCCUGUUCGCUGUAGCCUGGAUAACCCAAAGAUGUGCACUAUAAAUGGCAAGAAACUGAAACAAGAUGACCGAGCCAGAGCUGGAAAAAAACGACUCGAGUUUCUUUAUGGUGGAAACGAUACUGUCCCUAUUACAAAAUCUGCCUCUGCUUCUGAUAUAUCGGCAAAAAAAUGGAGCAUGCCUUUAAAAGUUAUUUGUGCUCAGCCCAUGCUGGAGGUGUUUAGCACAAGUCUUGGUGGCCAUUAUGCGCGUAUGCUAUUUGAAGGCGAAAGGUCUACAUUCAAGACAAUUGUCAAGAAUAUUGGAUCUAUACCCAUCACGUAUAUUCAAGUCAAUAUAUCUGAACAGACAGACACAGUCGACAAUACAAUGGAGUCAUUGCCUGGCUUCCUUGACGCAUACGAGCAAGAUAUCCACAACAAAAGUCUUCGAUCCUGUUGGUUUGAAUCUUAUACUAUUAUUGAGACUGCGGAUCAAGUGAAUGUAGGUGAUAGUGUCAAAGACUCGAAAGCAGCUGGAUUGUAUAGUCAGACUGCGCGUGCGCUCAAGCCAUCAGAGUCCAUAUAUGGUGUUUUGGGUCAUUUUACCACGGAUACUAGAAUGUUGUCACAGCGAUUAGAUAUUGAUUUAAAGCCAGGACAAUUUCUAGAAUUGGUAUUUGGUAUAUAUGGCAAGAGAAAUUGCACGGGGGUCAAUGUACAAUUUGAAUACGCACAUGUUGACUUGACACCCUCAUCACAAUCCACUACAACUGUGCCAGAUGUGCAUUUCUAUACUCGACUAGUUGUUAUGCCAGUUCUUUUAACAGUUCGACCAGUGAUAACAGUACAUAACGUAGAUUUUCUACUUCAUAGCCACAACGAACUUUCAGCUGCACAAGUUUUGGUAGGAUCACCCGUUGAUCCUGUCGCUGUGCCUAACGAAUUGGAAGAUCAAGCACAUAGCCGAGCUGCAUCUGUUGGUGACAUGAUGACUGAACCGCGUUUAGCUGAUGCGGUCAUGGAUGCCAUGCAAGAUGAUGACCAAGUGCGCAUGUUGUUUGUGAUGACCUUUGAUGUACAUAACAAAUGGAAUGAACCCUUCCAUUUGAAUUUUGAUUUGUAUGAAGAUGACGAGACCAAUGUGCCUACUAGUACAUAUGAUGCUGUAAUUCAUUCAGGCGCUUCAAAAAGGAUCAUUCUUCCAUUGAAACGCAUCACACUGCCGCAAUCAGAGGUUGAAAAGUCUAUACCAACGCCUGCAUGGAAACAAUAUAUUUUGAACAAGACGGCUAUGCAGUCUCCAGAAGGAGAAGCGUUAUCUAGAGCUAUUUACUGGUAUCGAGAGUCACUUGUGGGAGGAUUGUCACACCGUGGACGUAUUCUCACUCACUGGACCUGUUCUCGAUCCCGACAAGGCAUUCUUUCUUUACGUGACUUUACACCCACACAGCGUAUGCUGCAUAUUGUCAAGUCCGAGAGCAUUUCACUCAUUCCAACAGUGACGCUGUGUACGAACGCGUUAAACAGUGACCAGACGGAUAGUGCCGACACGCACAGUACUUUAGUACGACUCCAGCCAGGAUCAUUCCAAUGCCAGAUCAAAACACUCAUUCGGUUGGAAUGGCAAAUCACCAACCAUAAAAACACACCCGUAGAUUUCUUUAUUCGGAUUGUUCCUAUUUUAAACCAUGAUAUACUUUUAGGACGUGGAGUUCGUACAAGCCAUGACCAUUCUUUGGAUCUUCUAGACACACUCUUUGUAAGUGGACAGCUGCAAUCCAGCAUGACACGACUUGAUCCAGGAUGUACGACUACACAUGGUAUAUCGAUCUGGAUGCGAUCACUAGCAAAAGUCAAGUUUGUAUGUCAUGUGGAAGAGAUUGAGCGACCAGUGAAAGCCAGUACUGCUCAUCCAGUAGUUCACAAGAAGAGCAAGUACGAUGUACCACCGAUUGUUCUUGGUAACUUUGAAAAGAUUCAUUGGGAUCAUGAUGGUGUUGUGAUUGAAGGAACACUACAAGAACCAAGCCUUUUGAUGCAUUGA